AUGAGGAAAAUAGAUGAGAAAGUGUGCAGUGUGGAGUCAAGAAAAGACGAACAGGGUGAGGAUGUAAAAAGUCCCAAACAUGUUGCUCCAUCGGCCUAUGAGGAACCGAUUCCCUUCCCGCAAAGGUUGUCAAAAGCCGUGCUCGAUAGACAUUUUGGGAAAUAUUGCGAAGCUUUUAAGAAGGUACACACUUCUAUUCCUUUUUCCGAUCUUUUAAUUCAAUUGCCUCAAUUUGCAUAUUUUGUGAAGAAUAUUAAAGAUCAACAUGAGGAUAAGGAAGUAGUAAAUGAGAAAAGCUCUACUCUUUUAUGUGAUAGCCUACCACCUAAGCUGCAUGAUCCUGAUAGUUUCACUAUUCCCUGUAUGAUAAAUGAAAUUUUUUUUGACAAGGUUUUGUGUGAUUUAGGUGCUAGUGUUAAUUUAAUGCCUUAUUCAUUAUAUGAUAAAUUGGGUUUGCAAAAACUUAAACCUUCCCCUAUUUCUCUUCAAAUGGCUGAUAGGACUUCUAGACUCCUUAAGGGUGUGGUUGAGGAUGCAUUAGUUAAGGUUGGUGAACUUGUUUUUCCUGUUGAUUUUAUUGUUAUGGACAUGAAAGAAGACCAUAAGAUCCCGAUUAUCUUCGGUCGUCCAUUCCUUGCCACAAGUCAAGCUCUAAUAGAUGUUCCUUAA